AUGGCUCAAUGCUCUACUCUUCACGACGUGCUCAUUAUUGGAGCAGGACCAUGUGGUUUGGCAGUUUCAGCACGACUUUGUGAGCGAACGCCCUCGGCAAUCUUCACCGAUACGGAACACCAGCGAUACCAUUGGAUAAGAAGCCAUGGGGAUCGCGUUUCCAUCAAGGACAAGCGGACUGGUCAAAUCAAGACACCAAAGAGACCCAAAGAUUGCCGCAACUAUUCUACCCUCGUCCUCGACGGCACCGACAAGGACUGGAUGGCACGAUGGAAUCAUCUGUUCAAGACGUUCGAGAUCUCACACUUGAGAAGUCCUCUCUUCUUUCACGUCGACCCCCAGGACCGUGAUGGAUUACUAUCUUAUACAUAUGAACAAGGAAGAGACAAUGAGCUCGUUGAAAUUCCGGAAUGCGUGGGCAAAGAGAUUAGCAAGCACAAAAAGAAGCAGAGGCUCAAGUGCAAGACCCAUGGGUGUGUAUUGAUUGAUGGUGGCGUUGGUGUAUCAAAACCGAAAGCAAUACUGACCGUACCUUGCAGAGCUAGACCCCCAGUGACAAUCGAUGAGCGGGACCGUAAAGACUACUUUACACCUUCUUGCUCCCUCUUCCAGGACUAUUGCGAGUGCGUAAUUGACCGGUAUGGACUAAGGAGCAAUCUCAUACAGCAAGAGCGAGUUGAGGACAUUGACUUUGGUAUUGUCCCAGAGGUUUCCGAAACCGAGCAAGUAUUCACGGUACGUUCUGCUCAAGGCACGCACCAUGCCCGCAGUGUUGUGCUUGCAGUUGGACCAGGAAAUGCACCAUCCAUUCCAGCGGACCUAGGCAAGGUUGGUGAGGGAUGUUGCCAUGCCAUGCAGAUUCGAGAGUUUCCGGAUCCUUCGGUUAGAGCCAAGUUGCGACAGAAGAAGGAUGUAAACAUGGUGGUCGUGGGUGGUGGCCUGACUUCUGCUCAACUGACGGUAAUGGCAAGUAAGCACGGGGCAAGAAAAGUGUUUCAUCUGGUCAGGGGUCGACUAAGAGUCAAACCUUUUGACGUGGACUUGAACUGGAUGGGCAAAUUUCGCAAUUUUGAAGAAGCAUCUUUUUGGUCGGCAAAUACUGAUGAAGGUAAGAAGAGAGCAUACAGUCAACCAACCAAGAUAUUUCUGCUGAACAUUAGCNNAGAGCGGCUCGAGAAAAUCAAGGAAGCCCGUGGAGGCGGGUCAAUCACUCCUAGAUACCACAAGCUACUCAAGCAGUAUGUAACUGCCGGCAAGGUUGCCCUACACACCGAAACGAUAAUUGCUUCGUCAACCUUUUCUGACGGAUCGUGGUCGCUGAUCACAAGUCCACCUGUCGACCUACCAAAAAUUGACUAUGUCUAUUUUGCUACUGGUAUUGCCAGUGACUUCAGAAGCUUACCCUUUCUGGAGACUAUCAAUCGCAAGUUUCCCGUUGACGCAUACGGCGGACUUCCUGCCUUGACAGAUGACUUGAUGUGGAAGGAUGAUGUCCCACUCUUUGUGACAGGACGGCUGGCAGCGUUGCGUCUGGGUCCAGGGGCUGGGAAUCUUGCAGGAGCACGCAGUGGUGCAGAGAGGAUAGCUUGGGCUAUCGAGGAUGUCCUGCCGAGGGAACAAGAUGAAAAAGAGGAUGACGAUAUGAUUUACAAUUUCAAGGCCGGUACAGGGAGUCAGUUUUGUAGUCUAGAUUGCGAGACAUGUAUCUAA